AUUCCUAAACAACACAACUUCUUAAUGGCACAUAAUGCUAGCUAAAAUCAUAUUCUGUUCAGCAGUUUCAUUAGCCACAUUAGCAGUUCUUCUGUUAGCUGUGCUAUCACCCGUUCCUUACAAACAGCAUGCUACGACUGGCUCACCGAAACCUUUAGCAUUAUCGUUGUACAUCCAGCAGCCGAGGACUGCCCAUAACAUGAACCACGAUACAGUCUCCUCUGCACGAGCAUUAACUUUUCAUCGGAUGCUCACAGAAGGACCCGAAAGCACAUCUACAAUUGUAGGAAAAGCGCAAGGUUUUUUCAUACCAGUAGAAGAAUUUGCUCAUUCGAGUUUUAACAUAAUAUAUUUAACAUUUAGCACACCUGAAUAUUCGGGAAGUUUGAGUAUUCAAGCUAAGGAAUUGGGAUAUAAGGCGAGGGAUGAGCUUAAAGUUGUUGGGGGUACAGGGUCUUUCUCUUUUGCUCGUGGUGUUGCUGUUGUUUCGAAGGCUACUGAGCGAUUUUCUGAUGUUAGUACGCCGAUUUAUCAAGUGAAUUUACAACUGAGUUUUCCUAGUCAGUUACAGUCACAAUGGGUAUGACAGGUUUCUUGAAUGUAGUAGUUUUGCUUCUAAUUUUGGCCUAGUUUUUGGCCUUUGGUGUUGUGUUAUUAGGAGUUUUAGAAUGUUCAAUUUUUAGAGUAUUUUAAGUGCGAAAGUAAAAUUUGUGUAUAAUAUUAGGCAUGUUGCUAGUUGCUACUAUUCUAUCGAAUCUUGAGAA